AUGAACUAUUAUGACACACCACAUGCCCAGGACAUUCUGCGUGCAGAAGUGCUUCAUGCGUCUUCUUACUCAGAUAUAGAUAGAGACGCACUUCACGAUCUGAAUCUCAAUGAUAAUUCCAAUGAUGUAGAGAACUCUGACCAGAAUCAUAACUCCGAAUCCAUGGGAUCUACAUCUGCAGACCAUCCGACUCUCGAGCAAACACAAAGGCUUUCUUACGCCAAAGGGCUUGAAGAAAUUGAAACCUUGCAAUUGUUAGAUCUCUCUCCGUUGGCUACAUGGAGACUUUCCUCACACAAACAGGGCCAUGGGCUUCAGCAGCUAAGAGAUGAUAGCCCUGACACCUUUUGGCAGUCAGACGGUAGUACAGAAAUUAAUGUGGAGCACCUGUCUAGUCCGGAUACUGCUCUACUCAGUCGCCCACAUUCUAUUCUGCUCCAGUUUUCAAAGAAGGUUUCUCUAGAGCGUAUAUCCAUCUUCACAAACUAUCAGCUCGAUGAGUCUUAUACGCCGCUGAAAAUCAAGAUCAUGGCUGGAGGAUCCAACUGGGAUCUAAUGGAGGUCUGUCUGGUGGACUUUGAGAAGCCUAUGGGCUGGUCCCAUAUCAUCUUUAAAGGCGUGCGCGGGGAUGGGCUCUUAAAGUGUUUUGUGGUACGAAUGAUCAUCUUGGCAAAUCACCAGGAUGGAAAGGAUUCCCACAUUAGGGCAAUCAGGUGUUUUGGAAAAAAGUCAAAUGUGUCAUCUAUUACAGCACUGUUCGCUGAACCCAGUUUUCCUAUCCAAAAAACACCCAUCUCCACUGGGUUUUCAAAUGAAUCUGGCAUUCUGCUAAACAACCAGGAACUGUACGACCAAAUGCUGUAUCGCGCCGGGCUGCUUAAUUCACCCGAGGCAAUACUUUUUGAAGGCACUGAAGAAGAGAAUGAAGCUGAGCUGACGUACGACCCUGCCACCUCGCAAAUCUUAAGCAACGUGAAUGAGGUGCUAGGGUUUAACCUGGGGUUUGAGAGCCUAGAACUCAAAAGCGUAUCAUCUAUUCGUUGA